AGGGAAGCGGAGGGAGGAGGGACACACGCCGGCGGUGGGAUGGACGGCUGAAGCAUGGAGUCGCUCGCGCAUAUUUGAGCUGCCAGAGGCGAGAAGAGCGCAUCCUGACACAGAACGAAUGACUGACAGGUCGCUCUCAUUUCAGACGCAUCCCUUUAGCUUAAAUAACGACUGUACACUCAGUUCGGGAUAUCUGGGAGUUUAUCUAGCGGCUCACCGCCGAUUUUAAGAUUUAGCGAGCAUCCCUGAGACCAUGGAGACCGAAUCGUCCCAGUUGGGGAGUAACGGAGCAAACGAAAGUGAUCUCCUACCAGUAGACUUUCCGGGAGGAGAGAUUCCGGCCUCUCUCGGUGUGCGGAGAGGGUCCAGCGUCAAGAAACAUCACCACAAACACAACCUAAAGCACCGCUACGAGCUGCUCGAGACCCUCGGGAGAGGAACAUAUGGAAAAGUGAAGAAAGCCAUAGAGAGGCACACUGGACGAGUGGUGGCGAUAAAAUCCAUACGCAAGGAGAAGAUAAAAGAUGAACAAGACAUGGUGCACAUCCGCAGAGAAAUCGAGAUCAUGUCUUCUCUCCGCCAUCCACACAUAAUCUCUAUAUAUGAAGUCUUUGAGAAUAAGGACAAGAUUGUGAUCGUAAUGGAAUACGCCAGUAAGGGUGAGCUGUACGAUUAUAUCAGUGAACGCCGAAGGCUCACCGAAAGGGAGACGAGACAUUUCUUCAGACAGAUCGUCUCUGCUGUCCAUUACUGCCACAAGAAAGGAGUAGUACACAGAGAUCUCAAGCUGGAAAACAUUCUCUUGGAUGACAACGGUAACAUUAAAAUUGCAGAUUUUGGUCUGUCCAACCUCUACCACAAAGACAAGCUUCUUCAAACAUUUUGCGGCAGUCCGCUGUACGCUUCCCCUGAGAUUGUGAACGGACGACCAUAUAGAGGCCCGGAGGUUGACAGCUGGGCGCUGGGUGUAUUACUCUACACACUCGUGUAUGGAACAAUGCCAUUCGACGGAGGAGACCACCAAAGACUCAUUCGACAGAUCAGUAAUGGAGAGUACAGAGAACCCCCGCAGUCGUCAGAUGCUCGUGGCUUGAUCCGCUGGAUGUUAAUGGUGAAUCCAGAUCGGAGGGCUACAGUUGAGGACAUUGCAAAUCACUGGUGGGUAAACUGGGGCUGGAAGACCAGUGUGUGUGACUGCCAAACGCAAAGGGAAAACAGCUCGCCCAUGCUGGCCCGCUUCAUUGACUGGCAGAAUCGCACUGACGUUCGUCCUGGCAAAGUUCAACGUCCAGAGCCUGGGAAUGUCAAUAACACAACCUUGACUCCAGCCCGCCGUUUGAGAAAGUCCAUGAAGGAGAAUGAUGCUGGCAUGUGGGGUGUUGCAGAGGAAAAGCCAGGCCUCAAGAGACCAAAGAGCAUCCUGAAGACUAGAGCGACCAGUGGAGACCAACGCUCUCAGAGUCUGUGCGAAGUUGAGCUCAGGCGGACAAUUUGCUACCAAGAUGUCGAGUCGGGGUUCAGUCCGGAGAGAGAGGAUACCCUGGGUGGUUCACCAGCAAAGAUGGUGUCCAUGUUACCCAAGAAAGGCAUUCUGAAAAACAAUCAGCAGAGAGAAUCCGGGUAUUAUUCAUCGCCAGAACGCAGCGAGUCCUCCGAAUUAUUAGGGGGUGCUACUGUGCAACCUCCAAACAGCUCACCAACCAAACGGUCUGUUGGGAGGAAGGGUAUACUAAAACGAAAUGGGAAAUAUUCGACACACAACACGGUGGGAGUCCAUGGGGACGUCCAAGCAGAUGCAACCCUCUCACGGAGCCAGAGCAGACCUUCUAGUAUCGUGUAUGAGGAAACAGGUCUCUCUUGCAUUGGCUUAGACUGGCCACCUACCUCUCCGAAGCCCAACAUUCGAGGCUCACUGUCUGCUGAAGACUUGCUGCAGAUGGCUGGGUUCAGAGGUCUACAGACCGUUGCGCCCCUGCACGGUGGAAGAGGCAACCGUAGCCCUCCUGGUUCUCCUGGAGACAAUGGCAGCUUCUCCUUGCUGGGUGAUAUGGAUGAUGUUACCCAGGUGUACCAGAAAGCCCUGGACAUCAGCAGCCAGCUGAGCUAGACUUACACAUAUGAAUUAAGUGGAAGAGCGAAUGAUUGCCAGUUUGUCCUUCUCAUCACAAUGUUGCAGGGUACAUGUUUACAGGUCGAGAAGCAUCAAAUCUCCAUUCACCAACUCACGUUGAUGAGCAUUUCUCAUGAUAUUCUCGUUUUGAACUCGACAGUCGAGAGGGAACAACGGAAGCACUUUAAAGCAGCUGUUUUCUGAGAUGCAGCACACAAUGUACAAGACAGCUGAGGCCGUGUUAAGUUAUCCGUCGUUUGCAUUCUGGCCAAUUGAAAAUGACAAAGCCAUUUCAUCAUUUUUGGGAGUGCAUUCAUCGAUACAGGUCAUCCUUUAUGAAAAGUGUUAGAUAAAGCUCUGUACAAUAAAUUUUCAUUGUAUAAUACCAGCUAUUUCAGCAAAGUACAUGCACAUUAGUACGCCAAAUAAUGCUAAGAAUUAGGAAAGCAAUGUUUUGUGAGGAUUUGGAAGGAUUUAUCUUUGAAUUUGAACAACAAAAGUACCAAGCGGUACUAUGGUACCACCAUGGAUUUCUGAACAUAUACCAUGGUACUAACAAGGUAUUCUUGAAAAAAAUCUGUUUUUUAUAAUAACAGUUAACUUUGGCAGCCUUACAUACAUUUAAAAAAUACUAAAUUAUCUAAGAAAACCAAACUAAAACCUAAAUAUGAAAACAAGUCAAACUAAAAAUGCAAAUGAGAGUUAUAAUAACACUACCUGGUUAGUGGUUUCAGUACUAAAUCAAAGUACCACAUCUGAUUCCAUCACUGUACCAUGGUACUAAGUAAUUUUAUUGGUCACACUUUAUUUUGAUGGUCCGUUUGUUGAAUUUAAGUUACAUUGCAUAUACAUGCCAUGCCAACUAAUUCUCAUUAGAUUAGAAGUAGAUUGUUAGGUUGGGGUUAGGGUUAGUGUAAGUUGACAUGUACUUGCAAAGUUUCUCAUAGUGAAUUAAAUGUCUGUUUAGCAGCAAUAUCAACAGAUAUUAAGCAGACAGUCUACUAAUACUCAAAUGGACCAUCAAAAUAGAGUGUUACCUUUUUAUUUUAUAAGGGAAGUAACAAGACAUUACAAAGGGUACCAAAAACACAAAGAGGAUAUCUUGAUCCCAAAGCUUAUCUUUAGCCUGCUUUGACAGAGACAGGGUCAAGCAAACAUUGGCAUAUCUCGGAGAUCAGCCAGACAGCAACUAGUGAAACACAAAGGUCAAAGGGCAAAGGUUGUAUCAGUGUUAUGAUACCGUACAUUGUCAUUCUCUUUGAAGCAUGCACAUGCACACACACACACACACACACUCACAAUUCUAGUACAACCAAGCAAUUAUAUGAGCUCCCUGAGGCAUGAACGUGUGGAAGGACAAGCUUUGACCUAUGGUGUAAGUUCUGGUCCAGAAAUGAACCGCUUUUCAACAACACAUGCCAUUUAAGCCAGGAAAGAGAUGCCAAACAAAUCUUUUCACAAGACGGGGUGUUAAAAGACGCAUAUUCUGAAGUCAGUAGAUCAUGCAAACAAUGAUUAAGAAUGAGAACGGGAAUCAAAAGGUCACGUAUAGAACUGUAAAAUCUUCAGGAUGUGUAUAUAUUGUGCAUGUGCAGUUGUUUCAUUGUUCAACACACAAUAACAAGAUAAAUCGGAGAUAGAUAUUAUGCCAUUUCGUUCCGUUAUAUUUUGUCUGCUCAAAAACUUGUUUGCAUGAGGCAUUUUUACUGUUGGCUAAACCUGAACUACAUUAAUCUAGCUUUGAACUUUAAAGUAUGUGCUUAAUAUUUACAACAUAUUAAGAUAAAAGGCAUUUCAGCAUCAAUUUGGAAGUUUUAUAUGAAGUACAUAUCAAUUAAACAUAUACAUGUAUAAAAUGAACUGGAAAUGAAUGCGUUUAUUCUAUAGGAUAUCUGUAUAGACCAUUGAGAAAACUUGACUGGAUAUACUACAUAUUUAAAUUGUGUUAUUUAAUGCGUUGUGUAUUAUAUACUGUCUGUACAUUUUCACAUCUGUUUGUUAUUCUGUAUUUUUUUUAUUUACUUUGACUUAUGAUUGUUUUGAUUUGUGCCUUCAUUGACAUAAGAUUGUCCUGAUAAUGUUAUGCUCAGUUACAAUAAUUAGCAGUAUUGCGUAAGAGUUUUUAAAUAGACAUUGAUGGAAAAGAAGCCUGUCUGUACGGUUUGUUAUGAGCACAUUUAGGUGGCAUAUAAAGUGUUGUUUGUGCUCAGUGCAAAACACUGUCGAUUCUUUUAAUAAAUGUCUCCAUCUAAAUA